GGAAGGGACGGAGGCCGGGGCCGAGAACGGGAUCUCCCUCGACAUGGCGGCAGUCACGUUGAAAGUGGAACGGCGGCGGAUCUACGACAUCAUCAACAUCUUGGAGUCGAUCGUCUUCGUCGAACGCAAGUGCAAGAACACGUACUAUUGGUACGGUGUCAAGUACCUCCGAGACACGUUAAAGCAGCUCCAGGAGGCGGGCUUGAAGCAAUGGCCGGAGGACGCGCGCCUGAACGGAGUGGGGAAAGGAGGAGAGGAGGGAGGGCGGAUGCUGGGAGUAGUCACGUUCACCUCCAAAGGGGUGGAGGGGUCGGCGGGGGGGGACAGACAAGAGACA